AUUGCUUCUGGCAUCAACAACUUCUCUCAACAAAUCCUCUCGACAUCUAGUUUGCCUCGGCGCCAGAGUGAAGACACGACACCACACAGUCGCUCCCGCCGUCCAUCGGUACUUGAUUCUCUAACCCCGGGCCGUUCAUCUACUCUGACCGGCGGGCCUGUAAGUUAAUCAUUGACAGCCAGCCAGCUGCGAAGUGUUCUUUGGCGUCCGAUGUAUAAAUGGCACAACCCUCUCUCUCUUAUAUAAUCAAGCCCGUUGGCCGCUCAUGCCAAGGACAGCCCCGGUGGUUGCGGAGCUGAACGAACGAAACAAUGCCGCCAAGGCUCAAUUUCGGCGGCCCCCUCCCACCGAUAACUCAAGCGCCGCUUGGCAGCGAGCGGCGCCCGAGACAUUUUGCUGAUGGCUCUGGCACAAGAGUUCUGGUCGAGGCCAAUCAAGUCCCGCUCUUACAUCACGUUGCGCACGCAGGAUACCAUCGAACACUUUCUUCCUUCCUGUUGCGGCGUGUCGACGACAGACAGCCCACCGCCUCCCCCUCCCCCUCCCCCUCGUGCCUUGCAACAGCGGCCCGCCGGGCUUCAGAGGAGGUUUGCGACCUGGUGGUUGGUUGUGGCAGGAGGAUUCUCGAGUUGGGUCGCCCGUGGAUCCCUGGGGUCGUUCGAGGUGUCACGUCUGGUGUGGCUCCGCGCGCUAGUAAUAAAUCGAUGUCGUCGAGCUCUUUUCCCGCGGGCGAGGGGGGCGACACGUGCCCCGGGGGACGUCGAUGAUUCCUGAGGUUGCAUCUGGUGGCCCGCGUAGGGCUCCCAUGCCUCCCGGGUAUGCGUUCCCAAGACUGACCCCGUCCAAACCAUCCUGCCCUCCCGCCCAAUGACGGCAUGGGCUGCCCACCUUCGAAUCACCGGUAUCAGCGAGCUUAUUAUUAUCCUCCUGGGCGAGAGGCGAGGGGGCCUGAUCCCGGCCGCUGCGCUUGAGGCACGACAUGGGACGAGAGAUGCAUAUGCAGAUGCAGAUGCAGCCGUGGUGGGCUCGGGUCGCCGGCCUGCCUGCCUGGCUGGGGUGUGCUCUUCGACGGCCGUGUAUAAAGAAGGAGGGACCGCUGGCCUGCCUGCCUGUCUGUGUAUAGUCUAUAGCCUGCCUUCUCCCGCCCUGAACCCGCCGCAAGACGAACCAGACGCAGCGUCCCCCUCAUCCAGCGCGGCCCAAGUAUCUGAGAUUCAGGAUGAGAGCGAGCCUCAAGGCGCUCGCCAUCGCGGCGGCUUCGGUCCCGGCCGUCUACGCGCAGUACUUCCAGCGCCUGGGCACGUGCCCGACCCUCGGCUGCAUCCUGCCCCCGGACCAGCAGGAUUUCCUCCCGGGCCAGGAGUUCGACAUCCGCUUUGAGGUCCACGCCCCGGUCAACGGCUCCGAGGCCAACGGGGGCGAGCCGGACAGGGACUUCACCGUGUCCAUAGCCAAGGGGUCCAACGGCACCGCCGUGAGCAUUGCCGACUUCUUUGAUCUUGAGGAGCCAGAGGUCGAGACUUGGACUUUCUCGUGGUACGAGGACCUCUUCGCCCAGGACGCCGGGACCAAGUCGGUUGUGAAUGUUGCUUCAAAGGUGUACCGCAGGAUUGCUCUUUACGAGCCCGGGGAGUACACUGUGACGUUGAACUACUACGACGGCGAGCAGACCGAGGCGAAAUGGCUCGUGAGGCCAUUGGCCGAGGAGAAGCGGGCGAAGAAUGUCAUCUUCUUCAUCGGUGAUGGCAUGACCACCAACAUGAUCACGGCCGCCCGCCUGCUGGGCCACAAGUCCAUCAACGGCAGGUACCAGACCACGCUGCAGCUGGACAAGUUCCCAGUUCUCGGACACCAGAUGACGCACUCGAUUGACACCUACAUCACGGACUCCGCCAACUCCGCCUCGGCUCUGUAUUCCGGCCACAAGAGCACUGUGAACGCCAUGGGUGUCUACGCCGACUCCUCGCCCGAUGCGUUCGACGACCCCAAGGUUGAGACCAUCGUGGAGCUGUUGCGCCGCAUCCACGGCUCGGCAUGGGGUGCCGUGACCACCGCGACCUUGUCAGAUGCCACCCCUACCGCAUUGACGGCACACACCCGCUUGCGAGGCCUAUACGGCCCACUGGUCGACCAGGCUCUGAACGGGGUGACCAACUUUUCCUGGCCGUCCGCCGGUCCUCCUGAUGUUUACUUCGGCGGUGGCGCGGAGCAGUUCCUGCCUGGGUCUGGCUCCUACCAGGGAAAGGAUUACUACGCCGAGUUCGCCGCGCAGGACUACGACAUUGCCCUCAACAAGACCUCCCUGCUCGAGCUAUCGAACAGCUCCAGGGCCCUGGGCGUCUUCUGCCGCUCCAACCUCCCCGUGUGGCUCGACCGCAACGUCUUCACAGAUGUCCUGGGGACGUUCACCAACGACCCAUCCGGCAGCAGGACCCCCGCCCUCGACCUGCCGGGCCUCAAGGAGAUGACCCUCAAGGCCGUCGACAUCCUGAACGAGCGCGGCGGCGACAAGGGCUUCUUCCUGAUGUCCGAGGCGGCGUCCAUCGACAAGCAGAUGCACUCCCUGGACUACGACCGCGCCCUGGGCGACCUCCUCGAGCUCGACGACACCGUGCGGGCGACGGUGGCGCACCUCGAGGAGCUGGGCAUCCUCGAGGACACGCUGGUCGUGGUGUCGUCGGACCACGGCCACGGGUUCGACGUCUUCGGCAGCGCGGACACCAAGUACAUGGCGUCCAAGGCGACGGACCGCGAGAAGCGCAACGCCGUGGGCGUGUACCAGAACUCGGGGCUGUCGCAGUACACGGUCGAGGCCGAGGGCGUGGGCUACAACACGGGGCCGCACUUCCCCGUGAACUGGGACCCGCGCUACGUGAUCGCCUCGGGCGCGGGCGCGAGCCCCGACCGCCGGGAGACGUACCGCGUCAACAUGACGCGGCCCAGGACCCCCGCGGCCAACAUCUCCGGGUUCGACAGCGACGACUACUUUGCCAACCCGUCCGACAACGUCGGCGGGUUCGUCGUCAACGGCACCCUGCCCACCAGCGAGAACCAGGGCGUGCACUCGCUGACCGACGUGGCCGUCUUCGCCAUGGGGCCGUGCCAGGAGCUGUUUGGGGGCGUGUACAGCGCGAUUGAUAUCUUUUACAACAUGGCUGAGUGCUUGGGCCUGGCGCAGGGGACCAACGUGACGGAUGGUUAUGAUCUGUAGGGGGCGCCUGCGUGUGGCCCUGGGAAGGUGUUUUUAGGGCACCGGACUCACGGUAGUUUUUAAUGAUGAUAAUUGAUACUGG